AUGCCGGAGUCUGGUAAGACGCGUUCACCCCUUAUAAGAUCAAUUUCUUCGAAAGAAUUGAGGUUAAAAAGUGGGAGAAAUAGCUUUUAUAGCCAUGAAGAUGACAAAAACCACGAUAAUCGUGAGCGAGCCAACGAGGUUCACGAUCAGCUCUUACAUGAUUUAGACCAUCUAUUUCAUCGCAAACUGCACUUGAGCGAGAGCGGAGGAGAACGUGGGAAAAUACGUAGUCCUCGUGGAUCAGAGUCCUCUUUGGAGGUCAAUAAUGAUCAUAAUGAGAACGAUGAGGAUAUGGAACAUGAAGCGGUUGAAGCCGAACAAGAAGAAGAAGAUGAGUCUUUUGCCAAUGUUGACGAAAUAGACGGUCCCAUUUCGCCUUCUUCAAGCGCGGGAAGCCUCAAGGAUAUGGUCAGAAAAAGCGGUAAUGAUUCACCAAGUGCGAAAUCAAAGGCUCGAACUGAUUCCGCACAGGAGAAAGAUUAUAACAUGAAGGUGGAUCAGGAUUACCAAAAGAAACUAGACGAGAGAGCUGAAGAAAUAUCUCAGGGCAUAUUUGUACACCAUCCCUCGAAAACAACACUGAAUUGGACCCUUCAAGAUUUUGUGUCCAUGCGCGAAGAAAUUCCAGAUUGGUUUACCGCUGCCGACUACAGCUGCUUAAAAGUUUGCAAAGAGGCAUUUGACAAGAAUCACGACGCUUCUAGAUAUCUUAAAGACGGUAAUUACUCAAGCCUCGUCCUUGAGCACUUGAUCAAGGCCAUUGACGAUGAUUCAAGGAAUACAGAGAUAUUUUCUGCAUUAGCUUAUAUCUCGAUGGGGUUUUAUGGCUCAACCAAUAGCAUCGAAAAUCAUUUGGCAGCGAUAAACAAAUGCAACGUCUCCUUGGCACCACAUUUCCAGAAAUUGAUACACAGCUUCAAAGUGCACGCUGAACUAUGUAGAGAUGAGGAUACACAUCUCGGUGAACUGACUUCAUUAUUCUUCUUCUCUAGCACGAUUGUGUUUUUCAUCUGCAAUGUUCUGAUAAAGGAAGAGGCUUUGGAGUUACGGCUGAAUGCCAUCAACAUAAUCAACGAAAACGAAGUACUAAGUUUUUUGACCGAGUAUAUCGAUUGCUGGCGUUGGAAAAGUAGACUUUGCAUGCGAAUUCGCAAUAUAAUUAUACUUUUGCAUCGGCUCCUCCUAUUACAGUUCGGGGAUGGCGGUUUUCUCAAAGCGACGAAAGACUAUGUGUUGAAAAAGCACAAUCUUGAACAUUCCAAGGCGUCUAGUAAUCCAAGCGUACUCCAAAUAAGUCCUCUGGAUUACCAUUCGUUUCGCGAAGACGUCGUGGCAAGAUAUCCCGCGUUUGUUCCGCCCGAAUCGAUAAUGCCCGAGAGCUUUGACAAUCCCACUUCUUUGUCUCAAUUCUUAGAAAUCCCACGUCCCAGGGCGAGAAGUACUAUUAAUUCGAGUCUUCCGAUACCAAACUAUAACCUAGCCACACCGGUUCCAUCUCCUAUUUCGUCUCCAUCUCCGGCAGAUUCACCUGGAGGGAAAGUACGAAAAUCGUAUCAAACAAAUUUGGCAUUCCCGUCGCCUUAUCCUUCUGAUGACGAGGCAGGUAACGAUGAACUUGCAUGUAGGAUGGAUUUACCCGAUGAGAAAAGAGACAGUGAAUACAUACCGUACAAUAUUGUCGAAGCUGCUGCUAUUCUGAAUAAGAACAUACGAUGCAAGCUGUCUACGAAACAAUUAUGGGAUGAGAGGAAAUUGUUCAUGGCACAAGAGAGGGGCUGGGCUAAAAAUGCCGAUAAUAUUCACCAUGAGGUUUCAUACGAAGAUGAUGACUGUAAUGAGGCGCUAGUUAUGCAACGGACCGAAAAAUUUUACGCUGCAUCGAUGCCGAAUUUCAGCUCUUUGAUAUGUGUGCUGUUGCAAAUUAUGGAAGCCAAUUGCAGUAACUGCACUGUAUUUGAAGAAGAUCUCGCAAGUGGACGCUCACCAGAGACUUUCAAAUCUCAGCUCGAAAUGACGAGGUCGAAAGAAAUCACAUUGAAAGCGGCCUCGGGUGUCCUGUUUCUGUUGCUGAAAUGGUUCAAGCUCAAUCAUAUUCUGAAGUUUGAACAUAUGUGCGUUUUACUUUACGAUUACCAAUAUAUCAACAUCGCCACUGCUUUGCUAAACAAAAUAUCCGAGCGAUACUCAGACCGCAUUUUCAAUAAAACUAUUGAAGCUCGGCAUUCCUUUUGGACGGAGUGCGCCAAAUUUUCUCCAUCUUAUGAAACUUCAUUAAAUGCAGAAAUUCCACCAAAACUCAAUGUAAGACUUUUGACAACAGAGGUCUAUAUUCUUAAAGUGCUAGAAAAGACAAUAAGUUCAAAGACUCAGCGUCUAAAAGAACUUCCCCUAUCGAUAGGCUCUCUGUUCAAAAGAUUCUAUCAGUUCUCCAACCCUGACAUCUAUCAUCCUAUAUUGAAGAUUGUGCGCGAACUGACUCCAUUCAAGAAUAAAAGAUGGAAAUCUGAACAUAUGGAUUUAAUAUCGGGUGUUUACUUGUAUGAAAAGCUCAAAUUAACAGAUAAUUGGGUUACAGGGAAAGACAUCACCGGUGAAUUGGGCGACGCUUGUGGUCAAGAAAUUGCUUUACGAGCUCUUCUACAAUUCUAUAAUUUCUCUCACUAUCAACAAUGCAUGGAGCACUUUGGUUAUGGCAAGAAACGGGAUGAUUCUUUCUUUGCCAAGGAAGCUGAGGUACUUGCUGGGAAUUAUUGA